AUGGCAACGGCUGAACCCACUAUGCCCGUCAACGGCAACUAUGCGCAUCACCAGGCGCAUGCUUACGGCUCCAUUGACAACAACUAUGGUGCUGCCGGCGCCAAUAGCACCCUCCCGGCCAACGUGAGCUACAAUGCUACUCCGGCCAACACUACUUCUCCCGCCAACAACAACGCCGCCGAGAUACCGAAGGAUGAGGUUGGCUGGUACUUCGUUGAGCAAUACUACACCACCCUGAGCCGUUCGCCCGAUAAGCUCUUCCUCUUUUACAACAAACGCUCGCAGUUUGUGUCCGGUAUCGAGGAGGAAAAGGUGUCUGUGAACGUCGGCCAGAAAGCAAUCAACGAUCGCAUCAAGGAGCUCGAUUUCCACGACUGCAAAGUCCGCGUGACCAACGUCGACUCCCAGGGCUCUGACCAGAACAUCGUCAUCCAGGUCAUCGGCGAGAUCUCGAACAGGGGACAACCGCACAAGAAGUUCUGCCAGACCUUCGUGCUCGCCGAGCAGACCAAUGGCUACUUCGUCCUGAACGACAUCUUCCGCUAUAUUGCAGAAGAGCCGGAAGAGGAAGAAGAGCAGCUUCAGCAGGAGCCGGCCGAAGAGGAGGCCGGCAUCCAGGAGCCAGCGCCGACCGCUGCCGAAAACGGCGAUGAUCAGAUCCACCACACGCCUGAUGAGCCAGAGGCCAUCGCUGAGGUCGACCACAAGCUGGAGGACGUGAUCCACGAAGAUGAGGCCACUCGUGAAGCAUCCCCGCCUCCCGCUGAGGUCAACGGCACUCCCGUCCCAGAAGAGGCUGAGGUUGCCCAUGCUGAGGAUGCCCCAGCUGCCGCUGUCUCAGCUGUUGAGACGCCAGCCGAAGAAGUCGAGGCCGCUGUUGAAGAAGAGGUUACCGAGCCAGAAAAACCAAAGGAUCCGGCGCCGACUGCCGCUGCACCAGCCGCUGCGCCUGCGAAGCCUGUUGCCGCUCCCACCCCUGCCGCCGCUCCGAAGCCGAAAACAUGGGCAGCACUGCUGGGUUCUGGUAAUCGGGUAGCCACCCCCAACGUCCCAUCGCCCGCUGCGAAUGCUACUCCCUCCCAACCGAAGGCUGCCCCAUCGGCGUCGGCACCCACGCCUCCCCCAACCACGUCCGCUGCUCAGGCAGCCCCACCAGCCCGUGAACAGUCGCCAACCAACAGCCAGGGAGAGGCAGGAUGGCAGACUGCUGGCGCCGGCCACAAGAAGGAACAAUCGCGAUCGCAGAACCAGAUCCCGACUGCAGAUGCAGACAACAAGAGGGCUUACAUCAAGAACGUUAGCGCUGGUGUUGACGAUGCCGCAUUGAAGGCUGCGCUUUCGAAGUACGGCGAGGUCGAAUACUGCGACAUCAGCCGCCAGAAGAACUGUGCCUUCGUCGACUUCAAGACGGUCGCUGGCUUCCAAGCUGCCGUUGCCGCCAACCCCCACAAAGUAAACGGCGAGGACAUCAACGUCGAGGAGCGCCGUCUCCGCCCCGGCAACUUCCCCUUCCAGCGUGGUGGCCUGCGCGGUCGUGGAGGACCAGGCGGACCAGGCCGCGGAAACUUCCCACCCCGUGGCGGACGCGGCAACAUGGGCCGUGGUCGCGGAGCCCCUCCCCCAGCGUGA